AAUAAACUGAGUGCAACAACAAUAAUAAUAUUUUUUUCUGAGCUUACCAUCUUCGCCCCAAAUCCUAUGUUCAAAUCUCACUUCAUUCUCAAAUCACUGUUUCAAAUUACAUCUAACAUCUUCAGGGUUUCAUCUUCCUCAUCGAUCUGAUUCGAUCUGAUCUGAUCUAAUCCGAUCAACAAUCAAGAAAAAUGGCGAUGGCGAGAGCGAGCUCUGGCCUCGCAUACCCAGAUCGCUUCUUCGCUGCCGCUGCUUACGCGGGAUUCGGUGGCUCCCCCAAUUCGUCUUCCAAAGGGGUUACAUCCAAAUUCUCCAACGACGUCGCUCUCUUGCUUUAUGCCCUUUAUCAGCAGGCAACUGUUGGACCUUGUACCUUACCAAAACCGAGAGGUUGGAGUCCGGUGGAACAAAGCAAAUGGACAAGUUGGAAUGGUCUUGGAAACAUGGCUUCCAUUGAAGCAAUGCGCCUCUUUGUAAAAAUAUUAGAGGAAGAAGAUCCAGGAUGGUAUUCAAGGGCAUCCAACUUUAUUUCAGACCCUGUUGUAGAUGUAGAGAUGAAUCAUAAUUUAAAGGUGGAGUUAGCCACUAAGAACGAAAUCACUUUGCCUGAAAUGAAAACUAUCCCAACUGAGAACGGGAAUUCUGUGGAUAAAGAUGUUAUGGUGGAGGGAGUUGGUUCUGUUAGCGUGUAUGACCAAUGGGUCGCACCUCCGAUUUCUGGCCCACGUCCAAAGCCCCGAUACGAGCAUGCGGCAGCUGUUGUUGACGAUAAAAUGUAUAUAUUUGGUGGAAACCAUAAUGGACGUUACCUAAAUGAUCUUCAGACACUUGAUUUACGAAAUUGGACAUGGUCAACGGUCGAAGUCAAAGCAAAUUCGGAGGAUCCAGUAAGAGUAAUUCCUUGUGCCGGGCAUUCUUUGAUACCGUGGGAAGGAAAUAAGCUUAUAUCAAUCGCAGGACAUUCAAAGGAUGCUUCCGAAGUUGUUAAUGUGAAGGCAUUUGAUUUGCAGACGUAUACUUGGUCAACCAUGAAGACCUACGGAAAACCACCGGUAUCACGUGGAGGUCAAUCGGUUACACUUGUGGGGACCAACUUAGUCAUUUUCGGUGGUCAAGAUGGAAACAGGACUCUCUUGAAUGAUCUCCACAUUUUAGACUUAGAAACCAUGACUUGGGAUGAAAUGGACACAAUAGGUGUGUCACCUGCGCCACGGUCUGACCAUGCUGCUGCAGUACAUGCAGAGCGUUAUCUUCUUAUAUUUGGCGGUGGCACACAUGCAACUUGUUUCAAUGAUCUUCAUGUUCUUGAUUUGAAAACUAUGGAAUGGUCAAGACCAAGUCAACAAGGAGAGAUACCGAGUCCACGAGCUGGUCAUGCUGGUGUAACCGUUGGAGAGAGUUGGUUCAUUGUUGGUGGUGGAGAUAACAAGAGUGGAGUUUCAGAAACAGUUGUCCUUAACAUGUCUACUUUAUCUUGGUCAGUUGUAACAACUGUUCAAGGGCGUGUUCCUCUUGCUAGUGAGGGGUUGAGUUUGGUGUUAAGCUCCUACAACGGUGAAGACGUUCUAGUUUCUUUUGGAGGGUACAAUGGUAAAUACAACAACGAGGUCAACUUACUCAAACCCAGCCAUAAAUCAACCUUGCAAGCAACUAAGUCGGGAACCCCUGCCCUUGGUAGCGGUUCUGGCGUACAAAAUGCAACAAACGGCACCAGAGAUGUCGAUGUAGAGUUUGAAGCUGGUCAAGAAGCAAAAGUUAGAGAAAUCAGUAUGGACAAUAACGAGCCGCAGAUAAUAGAAAUUAAUGAAGUAAGUGAGCGUUCCAUAGCUGUUCUUAAGGCAGAAAAGGAAGAACUGGAAUCAGCUCUCAACAAUGAAAAAUCACAAUCACUUCAGUUAAAGCAAGAACUGAUAGAAGCUGAAUCCAAGAACGCAGACUUAUACAAGGAACUCCAGUCUGUGCGCGGUCAGCUUGCAGCAGAGCAGUCUAGAUGUUUUAAGCUAGAGGUGGAUGUUGCAGAGCUAAGACAAAAGGUACAAACAAUGGACAGCUUACAGAAAGAAGUAGAAAUCCUGCAAAGACAGAAGGCUGCUUCUGAAGAAGCUUUAGCAAAGCAAAAACAAACUUCAGGAGGUGUGUGGGGAUGGCUAGCUGGGGCCCCUCCUACCCAUGAUACUUAAAACUACCAAAUACAUACAUACAUACUUUACUGACUUUCCUACUUAAAAUUUCUUUUUUUUUUUAAAUUCGUUUUCUUAUUAAACCUCCGUCGAACGACCGUUUGGCUAUUUAAGAUUUUGUGUUUGUUAGAACAUAGCUAAAUGAUGCUUCUGUUUUUAUUUGAGGUUCUGAAGUGAAAUAUUUGUUGAGGAUUGCAUGCUUCUUAUAAUAGUCAUUGUUAAAUUGUUUCAUUA